CCCAGGUUAUAUGCAGGUCCAGAAGUAGAUAUUUGGAGCAGUGGGGUUAUUCUCUAUGCGUUGUUAUGUGGAACACUUCCAUUCGAUGAUGAUCACGUGCCAACACUUUUUAAGAAGAUAUGCGAUGGUAUCUUUUAUACCCCUCAGUACCUGAAUCCAUCUGUCAUUAGUCUUCUGAAACAUAUGCUGCAAGUAGAUCCAAUGAAGAGAGCAACAAUCCGAGACAUUAGAGAACACGAAUGGUUUAAGCAGGACCUUCCCAAAUACUUGUUUCCCGAAGACCCUUCAUAUAGCUCUACCAUGAUUGAUGAUGAAGCCUUAAAAGAAGUAUGUGAGAAGUUUGAAUGUACCGAAGAGGAAGUGCUAAGUUGUCUGUAUAGCCGAAAUCAUCAGGAUCCUUUAGCAGUUGCUUAUCACCUCAUUAUAGAUAACAGAAGAAUAAUGAACGAGGCCAAAGACUUCUAUCUGGCUACAAGCCCACCAGAUUCUUUUCUUGAUGAUCACCAUCUGUCUCGUCCUCAUCCAGAGAGAGUGCCAUUCUUAGUAGCUGAGGCACCACGGCCUCGCCAUACUCUUGAUGAGCUGAAUCCACAGAAAUCAAAACACCAAGGUGUAAGAAGAGCGAAGUGGCACUUGGGGAUACGGAGUCAGAGUCGACCAAAUGAUAUAAUGGCUGAAGUCUGUCGAGCAAUUAAGCAGCUGGAUUAUGAAUGGAAGGUAAAAGAAUAUAAUUUGUUUACUACAAGCAACAGUAGAUUUUGAGCUGUGUUGUUAUAUAGCCUAGAAGUCUAAAAAAACUGCCUCUUCCUGAUAUA